AUGGAGUGGGAGGCGACCACCUUCACGUGGGCCGUUCACUCCCUUUACACGCAGCGGCGCUCGUCACCCGAAUCGACGGCGGUCUUCGAAUAUUUGGAUCAAAAGAUUGGCGAAAACAACUGCCAAGGCCUCUGCCUUUCUGCCACAGAGGUGCAGGAUGCUUCUGCUGCUUCUACCGCUCCUGCACCGUCUUUCCUCAUUGACUGCAUCAUGUGGUGUGCGGUGCUGCCUGCGCUGUGCGAGGGUGGUCUGCUGGAGGAGAAGGAGCGCGAGCAGCUGCCGCACCUUGUCAAAUGGUUCCAGUCCUUCCAUGCAGCCAGGGAAGAGCUGAUCGCCAGUGCCUUCGAGGCCCUCGCGGUGCAGGAGCUGGCUGACUUCUUGCGUGCACCACGCGUCUACAAGGUGUCACCAAAGGUGGACAAAUGCUUCUUCGUCACAACUCCCAUCUAUUACGUGAAUGCCGCGCCGCACAUUGGACACGUGUACAGCACACUCAUCGCCGACGUCAUUGCGCGGUACCACAAAGUAAGGGGAGAGCGUGUCUUCGCGAUGAGCGGAACAGAUGAGCACGGACAGAAGGUCGUCGAGGCUGCGCGACAGAAGCAGAUGACGCCGUACGAAUUCACCACACAUGUGUCAAAAGAGUUCAAGGACUGCUUCACGCAGAUGGGGUACGAAAUGGAUUACUUUAUCCGCACCACGAACGAGAGCCACAGUCGUGUCGUGUGCGAGCUGUGGUCAAAGCUGGAGGCGAAGGGUGACAUCUACCUUGGCCGCUACGAGGGGUGGUAUUCUGUCAGUGACGAGUCGUUCCUGACGGCGCAGAACGUCACUGACGGCGUCGACAAGGACGGAAACCCGUGCAAGGUGAGCCUCGAGAGCGGUCACGCCGUGACAUGGGUGGCGGAGGACAACUACAUGUUCCGCCUCAGCGCCUUUCGCGAGCGGCUGCUGGAGUGGUACCACAACAACCCCAGCUGCAUUGUGCCAGAGUUUCGCCGCCGCGAAGUGAUACGCACAGUAGAGAAGGGCCUGUUCGACCUCAGCGUCUCGCGCAAGAAGGAGACGGUGCAGAACUGGGCCAUUCCGGUUCCCGGCAACCCUGAUCACUGCAUCUACGUCUGGCUCGAUGCGCUGUCGAACUACUACACCGGCUCUCGCCUCCGCCUCGGGAAGGAUGGAGAGGAGUUGCAUCUGGUCGACGACCACACGGAACUGGACCGCUUCCCCGCUGACGUGCACGUCAUUGGAAAAGACAUUUUGAAAUUCCACGCAAUUUACUGGCCUGCUUUCUUGAUGUCGGCUGGCCUCCCGCUGCCCAAGAAGAUCGUUGCUCACGGCUGGUGGACCAAGGACCACAGGAAGAUCAGCAAGUCGCUCGGCAACGUCUUUGAUCCCGUGGAGAAGGCACGCGAAUUCGGCUUUGACGCGCUCAAGUACUUCCUGAUGCGGGAGUCGGGCUUCUCCGAUGAUGGCGACUACAGCGACAAGAGCAUGAUGGCUCGUCUUAACGGCGAGCUGGCUGAUACACUCGGCAACCUCGUCAUGCGCUGCACCUCUGUAAAGAUCAAUCUCAACCGUGAAUGGCCAGCGCCUGGGGCCUAUAACGACAAGGAUGAGAUGCUUGUGCAACUCAUUAAGGAAAUGCCCGGUGUUGUGGAUCAUUUCUUCUUGAUCCCCGACGUGCAGAGGGCGCUUGUGGCAAUAUUUGAUGUGCUGCGGGUGAUCAACGGCUACGUCACCGACAAUGCACCGUGGAAGCUUGUCAAGACGGACCCCGAGAGGCUGCGCACCGUCCUGUACCUCACGAUGGAGGGCGUGCGCCUGGCCACGCUUCUUCUGAGCCCUAUUCUUUCGGAAAAGGCUCCCAUCAUCUUUGACAUGUUGGGCGUGCCGGUGACCAACCGCAGCGGCUUAGAGAACUUUGAGUUUGGUGUUGUGCCUGCUGGGACACCAAUCGGUAAUGCAGCGGGGGGUGAGGUGCUGUUCACAAAGCGCUCACUAGAGGAGCCAAAGGCUGUCUGA